AUAUAGCGAAGCUACGACCAAACACGCAUCAUUCGCAUUCAGGACUUCACUUCAGUGCAACCCACGCGCAGCAUCAUGAAGCUCAUGCUCGUGGCCGCCAGUCUGGUGGCUCUUCUGGCCUUCGCGCACGCGGAAGAGGCAAAGAAAGCAGAAAAAGAAGUGGCAGUGACCGACAACAAAGAGGCGGCGACCGACGACAAAAAACACGAGAAGCGAGGGCUCUUCGACAUCGGACUGGGCUACGGCCACGGCGGGUUCGAGAGCGGCUGGGACAGUGGCUUGGGAGGACUCGGACACGGUCACCAGGAAACACACAAAACCAUCACCGUUGUCAAGAACGUCCCAGUUCCCUACCCGGUUGAGAAGCAUAUCCCCUAUCCCGUUGAGAAGAAAGUCCCCUACCCAGUUAAAGUACAUGUCCCGGAACCUUACCCAGUCGUGAAACACGUCCCUUAUCCAGUCAAGGAGAUCGUUAAAGUACCUGUUCAUGUCCCCGCGCCCUACCCCGUUGAAAAGAAGGUACCUUACCCAGUUCAUGUGCCAGUUGACAGGCCCGUUCCCGUUAAAGUAUACGUGCCCCAGCCCUACCCCGUAGAGAAGCAGGUACAUGUCCCAGUAAAGGUCCCAGUGCCCGCUCCCUACCCAGUUGAAAAGAAGGUCCCGUACCCAGUGAAGGUGCCCGUCCAUGUGCCCGCUCCUUACCCCGUUGAGAAGAUCGUGCAUGUCCCAUACAAGGUGCAUGUCGACAGGCCCUACCCCGUACAUGUGCCCAAGCCCGUUCCCUACCCGGUUGAGAAGCCUGUCCCCUACCCCGUUGAGAAGCCCGUGCCCUACCCCGUGAAGGUCCCCGUCGACAGGCCCGUCCCAGUCCAUGUUGAAAAGCCCGUGCCCUACCCAGUCAAGGUGCCCGUGCCAGCGCCCUACCCCGUCGAGAAGCACAUCCCCUACCCGGUCGAGAAGCCCGUGCCCUACCCAGUCAAGGUGCCCGUCGACAGACCGUACCCCGUCCACAUCGAGAAGCACGUGCCCGUCCACAUUGAAAAGCCGGUGCCUUACCCAGUAAAGGUCCCCGUCCCAGUUGUCGUUCAUGGUCAUGGUCACGAGUAUGGACAUCAUGAGAGCUAUUAGAGGCUGCAGGAAGCCGAAACUGAAUGUGAUAUGUAAAUUUUAAGCUUAGCACGGUAAUACGACGCGCGGGGGCCGAGCGGCGCGCCCUCAGAAGCAUAGUAGCUUCCGCUAGAUACUUGGAGGUACCGCCGCUCGACCCGCGCACGAAACGCACUGAAAAAUACUCCUUUUAGUCUAUUUUUUGUUGUGAUUUUUGUUUAAGCUUAGCCAGAUCGGUGUUAUGUUUUUUUAGUCCUGAGUUGAUGUACCUGUUAUUUUAUAGAAUUUCGUUCUUCCUUUGUGAAAAGUAUUUUUAUACGAACUGAGUAAUAAAGUUUGGCUUUGCCAAAAGAUAAUUGUA